AUGGGAAACACAGUUUCCACCAAGAAAAAAGGAGUUAAAGGUGGGAAGGACAGAGACAAGCGCAGGCACCCCCGAGUGACGCCGCUGCCGUGCCCAGGCCGGGGCCUGACGGUGCUGAAGGGCUGCAAGAAGCUGAACCUGUCUGUGCACUCGGUGGGGCGCAUCCCGGGCGGGUACGUCACCAACCACAUCUACACCUGGGUGGACCCCCAGGGCCGCAGCGUGUCCCCCCCCACGGGGCUGCCCCACCACCAGAACAGCUCCCUGCGCAGGGACAGCGAGAAGAGGAGCCACCUCCAGCUCCUGCAGGAGGGGGAUGAGAAGAAGGUGAACCUGGUCCUGAACGAAGGGAAGUCCCUGGGCCUCAUGAUCCGAGGAGGGGCUGAGUAUUCCCUGGGCAUCUACAUCACCGGGGUGGAUAAAGGCUCCGAGGCAGAGAGCACUGGCCUGAAGGUGGGGGACCAGAUCCUGGAGGUGAACGGCAGGAGCUUCCUGAGCAUCCCCCACGACGAGGCCGUGAAGCUGCUCAAGUCCUCGCGGCACCUCAUCAUGACGGUGAAGGACAUCGGGCGCCUGCCCCACGCCCGCACCACCGUGGACGAGACCCGCUGGAUCACCAGCUCCCAGCUCGGGGAGACCCUCGUCAGCUCCGCGGGGGCAGUGGGCAACCACGCUGUGGAGAUGACAGCCAGGCUGACAAGGAGGGAGGGCGGGUCUGUGGUGCUGCCCCAACCUGUCUGUGGCUGUGUCUGCCUGGCCCAGUUCUCCCUGCUGUCCGAGGUGCGGGGGGUGAUCUCCCCUCAAGACCUCGACCGCUUCGACAACCUGGUGCUGAAGAGGGAGAUCGAGUCCAUGAAGGCCCGUCAGCCCUCGGGGCCCGGCCCCGCCACCGACUCCUACUCCAUGAUGUCCUACAGCGACACCGUGUCCUCCUCCAGCAGCCACUUCACUGCCACCACCGUCAGCUCGGCCCGGGAGCGGCUCCUGUGGCUCAUAGACCUGAUGGAGAACACGUCAGAGCUGGAGGGAGCUGGGGACUGCCACCAAAGCAGCAUCAACACCCUGCCAGAUGUGUCCCUGGAUGACAUCUCCUCCUUCCCAGACGAACCACCCAACUUCAAGCCUCCUCCUCCUCCUGCAGCCCCUCAGCUGCUGGACCCCUCAGCUGCCCAGCACAGGAACCCGGGGAAGGACAAGCCCAAGCGUCCCUCCUCUGAGUCCUCCCAGUCAGGCCUUUUCUUCGUGGCCCCCCGGAACCCCACGCCCCCUCCCAGCGCCCCCGAGAAGGACACGCUCAGCGUCAGCUCCACCGCCACCACCUCCACCGAGGAUUCCUCCCCCAGCGCCAUCUACGCCACCAUCUCCCCGUCCCUGCACGGCUCCCGCAGGCAGAUGGAUGCCCAGCUCUCCCUGGUCACCCAGCACCCCAUCGGGCCCUUCCCCAGGGUCCAGUCCCCCACCAGGUUGAAGAGCCCGUCCCCGGAGGCUGGAGGGGUGCAGAGCCCCCCGUCCCUGUCCCCUNGCCCCGUGCGUGCCCGGCCGGCCCCGGGGCCGCGCUGCCCGCCCUCUAACCCGCGUGUCUCCCCAGCCUCCACGCUCUCCCAGCUGUCGGACAGCGGGCAGACCCUCAGCGAGGACAGCGGGGUGGACAUCGGGGAGCUCGAGAGCAGCGGCAAGGACAAGAGCCGGCAGCCGGGCCCUGGGAAAAGCCGGAGCCUCAAGGAGGCCGCGAGGAGCGAGGGGGCGGCUGAAGGGGCCUCCAAGCCGCCAGGGCUCCUGGAGCCCACGUCGUGUCUGAUCCGGGUGUCCAAGAGCGCUCCCACCUUGGGCAUCGCCAUCGAGGGCGGAGCGAACACGCGGCAGCCGCUGCCCCGCAUCGUCACCAUCCAGCGUGGGGGCUCGGCACACAACUGUGGGAAGCUGAAGGUGGGCCACGUCAUUUUGGAGGUGAACGGCACGGGCCUGCGAGGCAAAGAGCACCGGGAGGCCGCCCGCAUCAUCGCCGAGGCCUUCAAGCUGAAGGACAAGGACUACAUUGACUUCUUGGUCACAGAAUUCAACGUGGCCCUUUAGGGACGGCUUUUGGGAGCGCGGAGUGGGCCGGGGGUGAAGGGCAGCGCCGAGGUGUGAACGAGGUCCCGCCACGCAGAGCCCGCGCACGCAGACACCCCCAGCUUGUCCCCAGAUGUCCCCUCGCCCGCUGUGGACUCGCUGCCCGGGUAGGGCAGGCUGAGAAUGGGCAGAAAUCACUGCACGUCCCUCAAAAGUCUCCACCCUGUCCUGUCUGGGGUAGGGAAAACACCCUCUCCC